UAGUGGCGCGGUACACCGGAUAACAGGCGUCUGGACGAGCAAGUUGAUUUAUAUAACAAAAAUCAGGCACACUUGUCUUUCUUUGUGUAUAAAAUGGCUCUAUUUGAAAUGAAAUGGUUGCGCCGGUUGGUGCGUCGCAAUACGAACCCCAUACCAGAACAUCGGGCCGAACUGUGGAAACGUCGCCUAAGUAUUGGAUACGCCAUUUUAGCAUGGCAGGCCUUCGGUUUCGUCUGCUAUAUGGUCUAUACGGGACGCAACGACUGGGCCAAGCACCAUGGCUUAAAGACGGAUGAGGAAUUGGCUCUGUCGCCGGCACAGCAGUUUGCUAAGCACCUGCGAGUGGAGGGCUCUGGAAAAAUUAUACGCUUCUCAGGCUUCAACAAAGUCGACGAGGUGCCGUUCGAUGCGAGCGAAGUGAAAAGGGUUAAUGAGUGAAACAAUUACUAUUGUUUCGUUUUUUUUUUUAGUUUUUACUAACAAUGUAAAAAAUAUACAUACAUAAAAAACGAG